AUGCUUGGGCAGAAAAGCAGGAGUGCACUCCUAGCACAGGGUAUGACUUUGUCGCUGAAGAACAAACAAACGGUCAGGGAUGUAUGCAUAGUGGAGCAUCUCACAGACCCAGAUCACUGUCUAGCUGCUGUGCGCAAGACUACAGACUCCCUAGUUGAAGAAACUCAGGCCGCCUCUAAACGUGCAUGGUUGGCUACCCAGGAAACCUGCAGGGAAUUCCAAGGACCUAAAAGGCUUGUGUGUUGAGAAGUAAAUGACCCCAUUGGACCCAGGUGACCCCACUACAGUUGCUGCGGAGCGAAAGCCCAAGAAAACCAGGAGAGAGCAGAGUGCCAAAUCAAAGAAGAAGAAUGCAAAGAAGCAGAGGAAAAAGAAAGAGCAGCACCACUAAGGGGUCGCUGUCUCAGGGUGGAGGUUAUUCUUUGUCCAGUGAAGCUUUGGAUAGCCAGGGUAUUACAUAUGGAGCUAUAG